CAUCCCUCACCGCCCUUCUGCUGCGCGUCUAAGUUCACCCGCUUCUUCUCUCUUUCUUCUAAUUUUCGUUCAUCAUCUUCUUCAUCCAAUUCAUACCCCAGUUUGUUUUUCUUAAGCGGCUCUACUUCCUCAGUUUUAUCAGGCACCAACUGUUGGAAGCUCACGCCGCUUGAACCUGAAAGGAUGGCGACUCUUGCUGAUUCAUUUCUUGCAGACCUUGAUGAACUAUCUGACAAUGAAGCUGAUGUUAUUGUUGAAGAUGAUGCUGAUGCUGGAAACAUGGAAGAAGAUAUUGAUGGGGACUUGGCAGACUUGGAAACGCUUAAUUACGAUGAUCUGGAUAGUGUUUCAAAAUUGCAGAAAACGCAAAGAUAUACUGAUAUAAUGCAGAAAGUGGAAGAGGCUUUGGAGAAGGGUUCUGAUAUGUCAAGUCAUGGAAUAGUUUUAGAAGAUGAUCCAGAAUACCAGCUGAUUGUGGACUGUAAUGCUUUGUCCGUUGACAUUGAGAAUGAAAUUGUAAUCAUCCACAAUUUUAUUCGUGAUAAGUAUCGCCCAAAGUUUCCAGAGCUUGAAUCACUUGUGCAUCAUCCGAUUGAUUAUGCCCGAGUUGUUAAGAAAAUUGGGAAUGAAAUGGAUGUAACCCUUGUUGAUCUGGAGGGGCUUUUACCUUCCGCAAUUAUUAUGGUUGUGUCAGUUACAGCAUCAACUACGAGUGGCAAGCCGCUUCCAGAGGAAGUCCUUACAAAAACAAAUGAGGCAUGCGAUCGAGCCCUUGCUCUUGAUUCAUCAAAGAAGAAGGUUCUUGAUUUCGUUGAAAGUAGAAUGGGCUUUAUUGCACCAAAUCUUUCUGCUAUAGUUGGGAGUGCUGUUGCGGCGAAACUAAUGGGGACAGCUGGCGGUCUCGUAUCCUUAGCUAAGAUGCCUGCUUGUAAUGUUCAGCUUCUUGGUGCUAAGAGAAAAAACCUUGCUGGGUUUUCCACUGCAACAUCACAAUUUCGUGUUGGUUAUGUUGAGCAGACAGAAAUAUUUCAAACUACACCCCCUUCUUUGAGGAUGCGUGCUUGCCGACUCUUGGCUGCAAAAUCAACACUUGCAGCACGGGUGGAUUCAACAAGAGGAGAUCCAUCUGGAAACACUGGAAGGGCAUUCCGGGAGGAGAUACGUAAGAAAAUUGAGAAAUGGCAGGAGCCUCCUCCUGCAAAACAACCUAAACCACUUCCGGUUCCAGAUUCUGAACCUAAGAAGAAGAGAGGUGGUCGUCGGCUAAGGAAGAUGAAGGAAAGAUAUGCGAUAACGGACAUGAGGAAGCUGGCAAAUAGGAUGCAAUUUGGUAUACCUGAAGAGAGUUCCUUAGGUGAUGGACUGGGUGAAGGUUAUGGAAUGCUUGGUCAAGCUGGGAGUGGCAAGCUGCGUGUAUCAAUGGGUCAGAGCAAACUUGCUGCCAAAGUUGCUAAGAAGUUCAAGGAGAAGAAUUAUGGAAGCAGUGGUGCUACAUCUGGACUCACUUCAAGUUUAGCAUUUACGCCUGUGCAGGGGAUCGAGCUCUCAAAUCCACAGGCUCAUGCACACCAGCUCGGCGGUGGAACUCAAAGCACCUACUUCUCUGAAACGGGAACAUUUUCAAAAAUCAAGAGGAUCUGACCUAUACAGGAGAAAUUUUCUUAUAUUCAUGAGAUUUUGCCAGUUGCCAAUGCCAUGGAUGACCGUAGUCUGAAUGUAUAAAUGAUUUUACUAGAUGAAGUCGUAUUACGUUGCCGUAUUAUCUCAUGCUUCAGAGACCAAACUGUUCCUGAUGUACUAAUUCGAGCUGAGACGUGUUCUCUUGGGAAUAACUAAACUGAUACCUUCUACACUACUUUCUUGUGCAUGACAAAGUUCUUGGAUUAACGGGUAACAUUUAGCAGAACAAUGCUUUAUUCAUAUUUCAGACUGCAAUAACCAAAAAAUAGUUUUCU